AUGCUACGGUCGAGACCCUCGGUCCUCAACUUCACGAUGAAGUCGUCGCCGAGCAUCGCUGCGGUAUCUCAUGUGCUCCGUCCUUCAUCUUCUUCAUCAUCAUCCUCGUCCUCUUCAUUCAUCUCUGACGUCUUCGCCGCGAACACCACAGCCAGCGACUUCGUACACGGAAUCGUCGGGAGAAUUCCGUUGCCUCCGUGGGCCGUCUACCUGCUGCUGGCGUUGGGCGCGAUCGCGCUCGCUCUCGCGGUGUGUUGCGUGUGCGUGUGCUGCUGCAGAAUCCGAAGGAAGAAGCGACGGCAGAAGCGGCCGGAGGCCCUCGUUCGACUCCGGCCGCACGGCGGACGAACCGACGCCGAGCCGGUUCAACCCGGCGCUGGUGACGUGAACUCUGGCGCCACCGAGCAGCCACGAGGGAAACUGCUGUACUCGCUGGAGUUCAACGCUGCGCUCGCUGAGUUAACAGUGGGCGUGAAGAAAGCCAGCAGCCUGAAGGCCAUGGACCUGGGCGGAACUUCGGACCCCUACGUCAAGGUCUACGUCCUACCCGACAAGACCAAGACCUGUGAGACCAAAGUCCUGAAGAACACGCUCAAUGCCACCUUUAACGAGACCUUCAACUUCCAGAUCUCCAAGGCGUCUUUGGUGAAGUCGACGGCUGUGCUUCAGGUUUUCGACUUCGACCGCUUCUCCCGACACGACAUCAUCGGAGAGCUCCGCCUAAAACUAGGACAAGUGGACUGGAAUCACGUCAUCGAGGAGUGGAGGGACCUUCACGAGCCUGCCAACAUGGAGGAGGAGAACCUCGGUGAGAUCUGCUUCUCUCUGCGUUACGUUCCGACAUCCAGCAAACUGACAGUCGUCAUCCUGGAGGCCAAAAACCUCAAGAGCACCGACUUGGACGGAAGCUCAGAUCCGUACGUGAAGGUGCAGCUGGCUCUGGACAAGCGCAAGUGGAAGAAGAAGAAGACAUCCAUCAAGAAGAACACGCUCAACCCGUACUACAACGAGGGGUUCGCCUUCAAGGUCACCCUGGCGCAAAUUCAGCGCGUCAACCUGGUGAUCUCGGUGUGGGACCACGACCCGAUGACGCCCAACGACCCGACGGGGAAGAUCUUCCUGGGCUGCGACGCGUCGGGCAACGGGCUGAGGCACUGGGCCGACAUGCUGGCCAACCCGCGCCGGCCCGUGGCGCAGUGGCACACGCUGCUGUCGGCGCAGCAGGUCAACGCCGCCCUCGCCCUCAAGAAGAAGAUACCGCUCGCCAGGAAGAUGCCCUUCUGAGGAGCCCCCAUGCCCACAGGGGCCGCUCUGGACCAACCCUGCCAGAGCCUCCUGAGAGCGCCUGCCGGGCCUCAUCAUCUGCGUGCAGUGAUGUCGAUGGCCUGCGGGGGCGCUAAAGACACUUCGUGCACCCGCUCGUACGGUGGCCCAGACAGGUCAGAACAAUUGCAAACGCCACAACACGGUGGCGUUAGAUACACCGGAACCGAGCGCCGGGACUAUUCGUCCGCCAUUUUGCCGACGGACCAAGUGACGAAAUCAGUUUGAACAAACGAAGUUUGAAUAGUGAUGAUGAAUGACAAUGUAAAAGUGCUUACUUUCAGAAAUGGCGCCAAAAUAGCUUACUUUUACUUACGUUUCCAACUUUGUGCAACUGUCCGCCUCAGUCACUUUUUCUGGUCCGUUGGCAAUCGGAGCACCCGUAACCCCGCCGAAUUAGACGGUCGAGGGAGUCCCGCUCUCACUUCCGGCGUGCCUUCACGUCGCUGUGUUGUGCUUUUAAUG